GUGCAAAUCUAAAUCUGUCUUUCUCAUUUCCUAAGUUCACACACACACACACUUACCAUGUCUUACUAGUAGUGUCUUUUAUUUUUUCAACAAAAAGAAAAGCUAGUAAUGUCUCUUCAAGACUUCAACUGUGCAUCUGCAUAUUCUCUCUAUAUUUUUUCUUUUCUAGUUUCUUUAUAAUUUCUCAUUCUCUUUCUCUCUCUUGCUUCCAUCAUUCUACUGGCCUUUCCUUUCACUUUUUCAACCUUCAUACGUUGACUCCAAACACACUUUGCCCUUCCCUCCAAAGUUUCUGUCUUUUCAUCCACCUUUCUCUCAACCCUUUUUUCACCCUUCAUAGCCAUUAAUAUUUAAGAACCAAAACCAGUGUUACACAAAGUGUACCUUAAAUCAUGGAACCUCCAAAGCCAGAAGAAAUAAGCCACCCACCAAUGGACCAACUUCAUGGCUUAGAGUACUGUAUAGAUUCAAACCCUUCUUGGUUGGAGUCAAUAGUUCUGGGUUUCCAGCAUUAUGUUCUGUCUUUAGGAACUGCAGUGAUGAUUCCUUCAUUUCUUGUGCCUUUGAUGGGUGGAACUGAUGGUGAUAAAGUAAGGGUGAUACAGAUUCUGCUCUUUGUACAAGGGAUUAAUACACUUUUGCAGACACUAUUUGGAACCCGGUUACCAACAGUGAUGGGAGGGUCUUAUGCAUUCAUGGUCCCAAUUAUAUCCAUUAUUCAUGAUUCCUCAUUGGCUUCAAUAGAAGACCCACAUUUGAGAUUUGUGAAUACCAUGAGAGCAGUUCAAGGUGCAAUGAUAGUAGCAUCAAGCAUACAAAUUAUUUUGGGCUUUAGUCAAUUAUGGGCCAUUUGUUCCAGGUUUUUCAGUCCACUUGGAAUGGUUCCAGUAAUUGCAUUAUCUGGUUUCGGGUUAUUCAACCGAGGGUUCCCUGUGGUUGGACAUUGUGUUGAAAUUGGAAUUCCAAUGUUAAUUCUGUUUGUAGUCUUCUCUCAGUACUUGAAAAACUUUAAUGCAAGACAACUACCAAUAUUCGAGAGAUUCGCUUUGCUUAUAUCAACUACAAUGAUAUGGGCCUAUGCACAUCUCUUAACAGAAAGUGGAGCCUACAAACACAGGCCGGACUUAACCCAACAUAAUUGUAGAACUGACAGAGCCAACCUCAUUUCGUCUGCUCCAUGGGUAAAGAUUCCAUACCCUAUUGAGUGGGGUGCUCCUACAUUUGAUAUCGGUCAUGCUUUUGGCAUGAUGGCGGCUGUUUUAGUUUCCUUAAUUGAGUCAACUGGAGCAUACAAAGCUGCAUCACGGCUAGCAAGUGCAACACCGCCUCCUCCUCAUGUUCUGAGCCGCGGCGUUGGCUGGCAGGGAAUCGGAAUCUUGUUGAAUGGACUAUUUGGAACACUAACUGGUCCAACAGUUUCUGUAGAAAAUAUAGGGCUUCUAGGAAGCACUCGUGUUGGAAGUCGAAGGGUCGUUCAAAUUUCAGCUGGAUUUAUGAUAUUCUUCUCAAUGUUAGGAAAAUUCGGUGCUUUUUUCGCAUCAAUACCCUUCCCGAUUUUCGCUGCUAUGUACUGUGUCCUGUUUGGUCUUGUUGCAUCUGUGGGACUAUCAUUUUUGCAGUUUACUAACAUGAACUCAACGAGGAACCUCUUUAUUACCGGCGUUGCUCUUUUCUUGGGUUUUUCCAUUCCUGAGUAUUUCAGAGAAUUCACUUCUAAGGCCCUUCAUGGUCCUACUCACACAAGGGCUAGAUGGUUCAAUGAUUUUCUCAACACAAUCUUCUUCUCGUCCUCAACUGUCGCGUUUAUCGUUGCCGUGUUCUUGGACAACACUCUUGAUUACAAAAAUAGCUCCAAAGAUCGGGGGAUGCCAUGGUGGACCAAGUUUAGAACAUUUAACGGAGAUACCAGGAAUGAAGAGUUCUACACCCUCCCUUUCAACCUCCACCGGUUUUUUCCUCCGUCUUAACGAAGAAAGUUAUGUUUCAUAAAGAAAAUUUUCAUUUCCAGAUACGGAUUAUAUUUUCUUGUUAAGAGAGUGAGGAAGAGUGAUAACUUUGUAGCAUAUUGGUAAAUUAUUAAUGAAGAAAAUGAUUAUAGUUUAACAUAGA